AUGGCAACCCUCCACACACAGACCCUUCAUCCAUGGCUGCCUCUUACCAGGCUUCACAUUCUCUUCCACUUACUCUCACUCUUCGCUCUAUUUUACUACCGCGUAAACCUUCUUCUCCACCAACCAACCCUCCCAUGGCUUCUCAUCACGCUCGCCGAGGCCAUCUUCGCCCAGCUCUGGCUCUACAACCAGGCCUUCCGCUGGCGUCCGGUCACCCGCGCGGUCGCCACGGAGAACCUGCCCACCGAGGCCAACCUGCCCGGGGUGGACAUCUUCGUCUGCACGCUUGACCCUCAGAAGGAGCCCACCGUGCAGGUGAUGGACACUGUCAUCUCCGCCAUGGCCAUGGAUUACCCCGCCGAGAAACUGGCGGUGUAUCUCUCCGACGACGGUGGAUGUCCCGUGACUCUGUUUGGGAUGAGAGAGGCUGUGGAGUUCGCGAAAGAGUGGGUUCCUUUCUGCAGAAAGCAUGGGGUGAAGUUGAGGUGUCCGAAGGUGUUCUUCUCUCCGAUGGGGGAGGAUGAACACCUCCUCCGCAGCGACGGAUUCAGGGCAGAGCAAGAACGGCUCAAGGCUAAAUACAGAGAUAUGCAAAAAAAUAUUGAGAUAUUUGGAAGAGACCCUAAAAAUAGUUCUCUUGUGUUGGAUAGACCAACUCGUAUUGAGAUUCUGAAUGAGCAAUCAGAAAUGCCAUUGGUGGUUUAUGUGUCUCGUGAAAGAAGGCCAACUAUUCCUCAUAGAUACAAAGGAGGAGCCCUGAAUACAUUGCUGAGAGUCUCAGGGCUAUUGAGUAAUGGCCCUUAUGUGCUUGUUGUUGACUGUGAUAUGUAUUGCAAUGAUCCAUCUUCAGCUAAACAAGCCAUGUGUUUUUUUCUUGAUCUUGAAACCUCCAAAGACAUUGCUUUUGUCCAAUUUCCUCAAAUGUUUCACAACCUUAGCAAGAAAGACAUCUAUGAUAGUCAAAGUAGGCGUGCUUUUACGACAAUGUGGCAAGGAAUGGAUGGACUAAGAGGACCAGGUCUUGCUGGUAGUGGUUGUUACCUAAGCAGAAGUGCACUACACCUUCAAAGCCCAAAUCAAAAUCAAAAUGAUGUCUUUGACCAUAAUGCGCCAAAAGAGUUUGGCAAGUCUACCAUGUACAUUGAAUCGUUAAAGGCCAUCAUCUAUGGAAAUCAAAGUACCCAAAAGCAAAUUCCAAGAGAUGUAAUUUUGGAAGAAGCUCAAGCAGUGGCCUCUUGUUCCUAUGAAAAAGACACAAAUUGGGGUGAAGAGGUAGGAUUCUCAUAUGCUAUAUUACUGGAGAGUACAGUUACUGGGUAUCUUCUCCACUGCAGAGGGUGGAGAUCAACUUACCUUUACCCCAAAAGACCAUGUUUUUUGGGAUGUGCCCCCAUUGACUUUAAAGAGGGCAUGCUUCAAAUGGUGAAAUGGGGUUCUGAACUUUUCCUGCUAGGAGUGUCCAAGUAUAGCCCUUUCACUUAUGGGAUUUCAAGAAUGCCUAUUAUGCAUUGCUUUACCUUUUGCUACUUCACAUCCACAACUCAGUAUGGUGUUGCCUUAAUGAUAUAUGGCCUCAUUCCCCAAUUAUGCUUCUUCAAAGGAAUUCCUCUGUUUCCAAUGGUUACAGAACCAUGGUUUGGAGUUUUUGCAAUAUUAUUUAUAUCAAGUCAUGGUCGACAUUUGAUUGAGAUUCUUUAUGGUGGUGGGUCUCUGAGAUCAUGGUGGGAUGAACAGAGAAGUUGGAUUAUAAAGUCACUUGUUGGAGGCAUAUUUGCACCCAUAGUGGCAAUCAAGAAACUCUUUGGGUUGAACAAAGCAAAAUUCACUUUAUCAAACAAAGUUAUUGAUGAAGAAAGUUUCAAGAAAUAUGAGCAGGGUAAGUUCAAUUUCCAAGGUGCAGCUUUGCUCAUGGUUCCAUUGGUUAUGUUACUCACAGUCAACAUUGUUUGCUUCUUUGGUGGCUUAUGGAGAUUGCUCUUUGUCAAAGAUUUUGAAAACAUGUUUGGUCAAUUUUUUCUCCUUAGCUAUUUGGUGGCUCUUGGUUAUCCAAUUUUUGAGGGGAUAAUAACCAUGAAAAGUAAAGGUGGGUAG